AUGGCUGCGCAGCAAUCCCAGAGCAUCCAGACUCUCCUCGAGGCCGAGAAGGAGGCCGCCAAGGUCGUCCAGCAAGCCCGCCAGUACCGCGUGCAGAGACUGAAGGACGCGCGCUCGGAGGCGGCGAAGGAGAUCGAGGAGUACAAGAAGUCGAAGGAAGCCGAAUUCAAGGCGUUCGAGAGCUCGCACGUCGGGACCACUCAGGCCGCACAGGCAUCUGUCGACAAGGACACCGAGGCCAAACAGGCCGAGAUCCGUUCUCAAUACGAUGCUACCAAGUCCAAGGUCGUCCAGAAGCUGCUAGACCGCGUCGUCCUAGUUAAGCCCGAGCUUCACCGCAACCUCAAGAAGCCAGAGUAG